AUGCGAAAGCAUUCGCCCAAGAACGGAGCUUGUUUCGUUUGUCUGUCGCCCUAUUGGCACCGGAAUCUGCACAAUGAGCUUCUCGUCGACAAGGUCAAGGUAACAGUUUGAAUUUCUCUUAUAAAUAAUUUUUCGGUUUUGAGGUUACAUGCUUAUUGUAUCCUUUCAAUGAGAUCCUGAGCUAGUAGAGAAUCGAGUUAAUAUAUUUUUAAUUUCCUAAAUUCCUAGCUCAAUUAUUAAUUUUUCCAUUAUCUUUCCAAAAAUGAAAAAUAAAUGACUUUGAUGAUCAAAUUUUUUAAGAGCUGAUUCCGAAAAUCCAAUCAUGAAGCUUUUUCUCAAAAUCCCGUUUUCCAGAAAGGUUUCUUCCAUUUUUCGAAAUAAGGUCGACCAAAGAUCAUGACAAAAGUCACUCUAGUAACUUUUUUCAGUGUUCCUUUUUUGCGCUGAAAUUGCCAAUGAGAAAUUCCCAGGAAACAGAAAUUAAUAGAGUCAUGUUUCUUGAUCGUUGAUCAUUCAUCUAAAAGCUUUUCUAUGUAUUUAAAGUGGACUAGACUUUUCUGGGAGAUCUCAGAAAGUUUUACUUGAGUCAACUUGAACCUAAGGUGAACUAAACUAUAAAUCUUUUUCGAAGGGUUUUCUGAAAGUGUCAAGUUUCUUUCCUUCAAAAACCUGAACUUCCUUCUUGAACUCAAAAAAUCCAGGUCAUGAGCGCCUAUGAGCUGGACACACUUCCACUGCUUUGGCGGAACGUCAUGUUCAAGAACACGCAUUUCUGCGAGCACGUUUGUCACAGUUGGCUGAGCCGAUCCAUGUGGCUGAAGAAGCUCAACACAAACCGUUCCUACAAGCCAGCUGGUACCUGGAAAUGUUCCUCGCAAGCUAAUCUAGAGUUCAGAAUCGAUGGACUUUGAAUUUUUACGAAAAGAGGCGCUACGAUUGGAGAACAUGAUGGACGAGGUGAUGGCGAUGCUCAAAAGGCGGCAGCAAAUCUCCGAUUGCAGAGUUAUUUUAGUCUAAUUGAAGAGUUAUGCUGAUUAUCAGUUUAGGAGUACCUUCUAAUCUUUGCAAAUCGGACCUAUAGCAAGAAAAAUCAGCUGACUUGGCAGCCGUCCAAAGGUCAGAACAUUGUCGGCUCGUGGUACGGUCUGGCAGAGGCGCUGAUUGAGCAGUACUGCUCCUACCUGGACUUAGAAGACGUCCACGAGCGUGAACAACGUCUUCUGAUUUGGAAGCACUACGCAAUCGCUCUUACUCAUCACCUUGUCGAUUUGAAUACAAACAGCCGCAAAUGUUAG